UUUUUUUAUGAAGUGUUUCGCUAUGAAUGCUAAAGUAACGUAUCUAACACUGCUUGUGUGUAUGAUUAUAGCUCUUUACAUCGGAGAUGUUUCACCUAGUUUAUGGAGCGGGGGGACCUCGGCAGCAAACGAAGAGCGAAAGGCGGUAGUGGGGUCGUUAAAAGAUGAAUUUCAGCAAAGAGGCGCCCCUCCACGAACGGUCUCAGCUCAGUGCACAGAGACGGAGGUCAUCGUGACUAUUAACCCUGAUCUCCUGGGUAUCGGCAAACCCGUCCAGGCCUCUGACCUGACCAUUGGAGGCUGUGGUGUGACCAGGCAAGUCGCAACGCCUGCGGCUUUCGUGAUUGACGCUCCUCUGCACGGAUGUGGUAGCACCGUUAAGACUCUUCCUGAUGACAUAGUGUAUGAAUUCACUCUUGAAUACAAACCCACGGCAAUUCCUGGACUUCCCAUCAUGAGGACCAAUGCAGCCGUUAUAAAGAUUGAGUGCCAUUAUGCAAGGCACCACAAUGUCCGUAGUCAUGCCUUGAAUCCUACUUGGAUCCCUUAUACUUCCACACAAGAUUUUCUAGAGCUUCUGGACUUCUCUCUACUUGUAAUGAACAGUGACUGGAGUGGACCAAGGCCAUCCUAUACAUUCUACUUUGGUGAUCUCAUUAACUUACAAGCCUCCAUGCAUAAUAGCAGCCAUGUGCCUCUCCGUCUCUUUGUAGACAGUUGUGUGGGUACCGAUGCUUCUGCUCAAUCUUACACCUUCAUUGGGAACAAUGGAUGCAUUAUUGAUGACAAGGUAUCUGGCUCUGGUUCACAGUUUGUAAUUCCCAGAAUUUCUCCAUCAGUCCUUCGUUUCAAACUGGAUGUAUUCAAGUUUUAUGGACCUGGGAACAAUUCCAUCUUUAUUACCUGUCAAUUGAAGGCAACCUUUGCUUCCCAGAAUGUUGAUGCCUUGAACAAAGCCUGCUCCUUCAAUCCUGGGCUAAAUCAAUGGCAGUCUGUAGAUGGUAAUGACCAGGUAUGUAGCUGCUGUGAUACCAGUUGUGCUACCAGUUUCCCUGGAAGGAAAAGCUCUCAUGUUUCCAGUUCAAAUCUGAACAGUGCUAAAAUCCCUCAUGAAUGGGUGAAAGCUGUUGUUGGCCCCUUUUUCCUAAAAGGUGGAGAUGUGGUCAAUGGUACUGUAUCUGAAGAGACAAAGAUUAGGAGUGGAACUGAGACUUUAACAUAAGACUCAAGGACCAUUGAAUGGACAAAUUGAAGACUGGAUUUUGCUCAUCUGCUAAAGUGAAUUGAACAAGCCUAAUGCAAAGAGAAUGUUGCUACCUAAUGGACUUUUGCAUUUUCUAAACUUGCAAGUAAUGUAAUCUUUCUGUAAGAAACUUCACUGAAACAAUUAGUUGUCCUAUCGACUAAGUGUUUGACCUUCUUGGUUUAUUGGAGGUUUUGACCUGUUAACAGUGGGUUAAGUUAUAAAAUCACUUGUAAAAUAAUUUCCUGUGCUUCUCACCGCUCAUUUUGUUGCAAUGAAUUGUAGUGUGUUUUGUUUAAAUGGUGUAAGUCCUUAGAUACUUAAGCCCUUUCAUUAAAAGGCACUUGGAUAACAGUUCCUCUACUUCUAGUAAAUUGACUAACCUACCAAUGAUAAAUUGAGUGUAACAACUAUUGAGGCACCAAGAAAAGCUACCAGUUUUUAUUUAUUU